UUGGCAGCAUUGUCUAGGAAAGGGGAUAAGAGUGAAGUGAGGGAAAGAACAACUAUCCAAGAAAAGCCGUGUAAAGUUUGUUUCUUGUGGAUUUUCCUGAAUAAAAAGUGAACAAUUAGUGCAAUUGUCGUUGAGUGGCCCGCGUGAUGGCUUCCGACGAAGAGGUCGAGGACUCUUACGCCGGGGAGGAGGAGGCUCAGGAGGAAGCUGCGGGGGAUCCCGUCGACAACGAGCCCGAGUCCGACGAAGCCCCAAUCAAGCAUGGAAAGUUACAGGACGAGGAUGAUGACUACGAACCGGAGGAUGCACGAAAGAAGAAAAAGGGGAAAAAGCGGAAAGCAAGAGGCGAGGAGAAGAAGGGCAAGAAGAAAAAGAAGAAACGGAGAAAUGACAGUGGAGACGAGAGUGAUUUCAUCCUGGAUGAGGAUAACGGGGCCGGCGACUCGGACUAUGCCACCAGCAAGAAGGGUCGCAAAUCGCGCAGCUCGACCAAACACCCAUCAACGCCUUCAACUCCAGCUGAGAACACUGCAACCGGAAGUGGAAUGCCCACAAUUGAAGAAGUGUGCUCAACUUUUGGCCUAACCGACGUUGAGCUUGAGUACACCGAGUCCGAUUUCCAGAAUCUCACGACUUACAAACUCUUUCAACAACAUGUGCGCCCCUUACUUACUAAAGAGAAUCCAAAAGUUCCUAUGUCGAAACUAAUGAUGUUAGUUGCGGCAAAGUGGCGAGAAUUUUCAAAUAUCAAUCCGAAUUUGCAAUCGGAUAACAAUGAUGCAAAUGUUGGGUCAUCGGCAGAGUCUGAUUCGUAUCCGAGGCCAGGACGACCCAGGAAGGAAAAGCCGGAGUCGGAAGCUUUUGACGACGAUGAUGAAGACGACGACGAUGACGAUGGGAAGAAUAAGAAGAAGAGGAGUGGGAGAGGGAAGAAGUCUUCGAAGAAGGCGUCCAAGGUGCCCACCUUGAAGAUCAAGCUGGGGAAGAGGAAACGCGGAAGUUCGGAAGAGGAAGGCGAUGGCAGCGGCGCCGGUUCAGACCGCGACUCCGACGCCGAAUUCGAGCAAAUGUUGCAAGAGGCCGACGAACGUAAAGCCAAUGCUGCCGCCGCCGCCGCCCCCGCAGCCGGCGAAGAAGCCGGUCCUUCCGAAAACGCCGACGAUGGCCCACCACAACCCCGCCGAAAGGCCAAAACGAAAUUCGGUAACAAAGCUAAGAAGAAGAAGGGCAAGAAAGCCGGUGGUAAACCGGAAGAAGAACACUACGAGCACCAAGACUACUGUGAGGUGUGCCAACAAGGGGGCGAAAUUAUCCUUUGUGACACCUGUCCGAGAGCGUACCAUUUGGUAUGUCUCGAUCCAGAGCUUGAGGACACUCCUGAAGGAAAAUGGAGCUGUCCUCACUGCGAAAACGAGGGUCCUGCUGAGCAGGACGACGACGAGCAUCAGGAGUUUUGCAGGAUUUGUAAAGACGGCGGAGAGUUGCUCUGUUGUGAUUCCUGCCCGUCGGCGUAUCACACGCAUUGUUUGAAUCCCCCAUUGGUCGAGAUUCCCGACGGGGAUUGGAAAUGCCCCAGGUGUAGUUGUGCACCUUUGAAGGGGAAAAUCGCGAAGUUGUUCACCUGGAGGUGGGUUGAGGAUCAAAAUUCGAACGGAAACGAAGCCGAUAAAGACCAGAACGGGAAAAAUAAAAAACGGAAGCGACAUCGCGAGUUUUUCGUCAAGUGGAUGGAUUACUCCCAUUGGCAUUGCAGUUGGGUGUCUGAGCUUCAAAUCGAAGUAAACCAUCCGUUGUUGUAUCGAAAUUUCGUCCGAAAGUACGACAUGGAGGAACCACCGAAACUGGAGGAGAGUUUGGAUGAAAUGGACCAGCGUUCAAAACGUUUACUGAGUCUAGGGUGUGACUAUAAGGAUGCCGAGCUCGAGGAGCGCUUCUACCGUUAUGGUAUUAAACCCGAAUGGCUGGUGGUGCACCGUAUCAUCAACCAUCGGCAAAUGAGAGACGGUCGUACCCUCUAUUUGGUCAAAUGGAGGGAGUUAUCGUACGAUCAAGCCACUUGGGAGGAAGAAAGCGACGAAAUUGUCGGCCUGAAACAGGCGAUUGAGUAUUACAUGGACCUGCGAGCGGCCUGCACGCAACAAAACGUCAGUAGCAAAGGUAAAGGGAAAAAAGGGAAGAAAUCAAAAACGCGGGAAUUGUUGGAUGACGAAGACCGAACCACUGCCCGACGUUACACCCCGCCACCAGAAAAACCAAUCACUGAUUUGAAGAAAAAACUCGAUAAACAACCGAGUUACUUGGACGAAAGCGGCAUGCAAUUGCACAAUUACCAACUCGAAGGUCUCAACUGGUUGAGAUACUCGUGGGGCCAAGGCAUCGAUACAAUUUUAGCCGAUGAGAUGGGUUUGGGCAAAACCAUCCAAACCAUCACCUUCCUGUAUUCCUUGUACAAGGAAGGGCACUGCAAAGGCCCGUUCUUGGUCAGCGUACCCUUGUCGACCAUCAUCAACUGGGAGCGAGAGUUCGAGACGUGGGCCCCCGAUUUUUACGUCAUCACCUACGUCGGCGACAAAGACUCUCGAGCGGUCAUCCGGGAGAACGAAUUCAGCUUCGAAGAAAACGUGAGCAAGAGCGGCCGCAUAUCCCGUGUCAAAGCCAGUUCGAUAAAAUUCAACGUUUUACUCACAAGCUACGAAUUGAUUUCAAUCGAUGCCACUUGUCUCGGCUCAAUCGAAUGGGCCGUGCUCGUAGUCGACGAAGCCCACAGACUAAAAAGCAACCAAUCGAAGUUUUUCCGUCUGUUAAACAGCUACAACAUUCAAUACAAACUCCUACUGACCGGAACCCCGCUCCAAAACAACCUCGAAGAGUUAUUCCAUUUGCUGAACUUCCUCAACAGUCAGAAAUUCAACGAUCUUGCCACCUUCCAGAACGAAUUCGCCGAUAUUUCGAAAGAGGAACAAGUAAAGAAACUACACGAGCUCUUAGGACCGCACAUGUUGCGACGUUUAAAGGCUGAUGUUUUGAAAAACAUGCCGUCAAAGUCCGAGUUUAUCGUCCGUGUUGAGUUAUCACCAAUGCAAAAGAAGUACUACAAGUACAUUUUGACCCGUAAUUUCGAAGCUUUGAACCCGAAAGGAGGCGGCCAGUCCGUCUCACUCCUAAACAUUAUGAUGGAUUUGAAGAAAUGUUGCAACCACCCUUACUUAUUCCCCGUCGCGGCGGAAGAAGCCCCGAUUGGUCCAACUGGUGGUUACGACAUCCAAAGUUUGAUUAAAGCUUCCGGUAAAUUAGUUUUGCUAGCGAAAAUGUUGCGAAUUUUGCGGGAACAAGGCCAUCGUGUCUUGAUUUUCUCACAAAUGACCAAGAUGUUGGACAUUUUGGAAGACUUCCUCGAGGGUGAAGGUUACAAGUACGAGCGUAUUGACGGUGCGAUUACUGGAAGUUCGCGACAGGAGGCUAUUGAUCGGUUCAACGCACCUGGGGCGCAGCAAUUCGUGUUUUUGUUGUCGACUCGAGCCGGUGGUUUGGGUAUUAAUUUAGCGACGGCUGAUACUGUAAUUAUUUACGACUCGGAUUGGAAUCCCCAUAAUGAUAUUCAGGCCUUUUCGCGGGCCCAUCGUAUCGGUCAGGCGAACAAAGUCAUGAUUUAUCGGUUUGUGACGAGGAAUAGUGUGGAAGAGAGGGUCACACAGGUGGCCAAGAGGAAGAUGAUGUUGACUCACUUGGUCGUAAGGCCGGGGAUGGGGGGCAAAGGAGCGAACUUUACCAAGCAAGAAUUGGACGAUAUUCUACGGUUUGGUACGGAGGAGCUGUUCAAGGAGGAUGAAGGGAAGGAAGACGAAGCGAUUCAUUAUGACGAUAAAGCAGUUAAUGAAUUGCUCGAUCGUACUAAGGAGGGUAUUGAGCAGAAGGAAAACUGGGCCAAUGAGUAUUUGAGUUCGUUCAAAGUGGCGAGUUACGUGACUAAAGAAGGCGAUAAUGAGGAAGAAGUCGAUACUGAGAUCAUUAAACAAGAGGCGGAAAAUACAGACCCGGCUUAUUGGAUCAAACUUUUGCGUCACCACUACGAACAGCAACAGGAAGAUAUCGCCCGGACGUUGGGUAAAGGCAAACGUGUCCGAAAACAAGUCAAUUACAACGAUGGUGGCAUGACAACUGACACACGUGAAGACUCCACGUGGCAGGAGAAUCUCUCCGAUUAUAACUCGGACUUCUCGGCUGGGUCUGACGAAGAUAAGGAAGAUGACGAUUUCGAUGAGAAGAAUGAAGGCGAUCUCAAUCGGCGAAGUCGGCGACGAAUGGAACGUAAAGACGAACGUGAUAGGCCACUACCGCCACUCCUUGCCCGCGUUGGAGGCAAUAUCGAAGUUCUUGGGUUUAAUGCCCGGCAAAGAAAGGCAUUCCUUAACGCUAUUAUGCGGUAUGGUAUGCCUCCACAAGACGCCUUCAAUUCGCAAUGGCUGGUCAGAGAUUUGCGUGGCAAAUCGGAGAAGAACUUCAAAGCUUAUGUGUCGUUGUUUAUGCGACAUUUGUGUGAACCUGGGGCUGAUAAUGCCGAUACGUUCGCCGAUGGAGUUCCAAGGGAAGGUUUAAGUCGACAACAUGUUUUGACCAGAAUUGGGGUCAUGUCUUUGAUACGUAAGAAAGUACAAGAGUUUGAACAUAUUAAUGGGGAGUAUAGCAUGCCGGAAGUUAUCAAAAAGACUAUCAUGGACCAGAAUAAGUCCAACGAAGCCGAAACACCCAAAAGUGCUACUACUAGUACUAGUGCUACACCGGCGACUAGUGCCGCCGCUAGCCCGGCACCGGUUAAGGAAGAACCAGAGAAAGGGAAGGAAGAGAGUGAAGAGAAGGAUAAGGAAGUGAAGACCGAUGGCGAAGAAAAAGAGAAAGAAAAGGAGAAGGAGAAUACGCCUGAAGAAUCGGUCAAAGAGAAAGAGAGUGAGACAGUAAAGCCGCCUGAAAGCAGUGAAACCGAGCAAACGCCGGAGGUUAAGACUGAAGAGCCCACUGCAGAACCGGCGGAAAAGAAGGAAGAAACCGGGGAGAAGGAAGAAGCUGAGAGUGCCACUAAAGAACCAGCCCCGAAAGAAGAAGAUGAAGUGAAGGAAACCAAGGUUGAAGAAGGGGAAAAGAAGGAGGAUAAGCCAAAACCGGCCGAGAAGAAGGAGGACGAAGCUGCGGAAACCACCCCAGAGGACAAGGAUAAAGACAAGGAGAAGGAAAAGCCGAAGGAGAAGAAGGAGAAAGAGGUGAUUGACGUCGACGAGGCAAAGAAACGCUUCAUGUUCAACAUCGCCGAUGGCGGUUUCACCGAACUGCACACUUUGUGGCUGAACGAGGAAAAAGCGGCGACUCCGGGCCGUGAGUACGAAAUCUGGCACCGCCGUCACGACUACUGGCUGCUCUCUGGGAUAGUAACCCACGGUUACGGCCGCUGGCAAGACAUCCAAGCCGAUGCCCGUUUUGCCGUCAUCAACGAACCCUUCAAAAUGGACGUGGGUAAAGGCAAUUUCCUCGAAAUCAAGAACAAAUUCCUAGCUCGUCGGUUCAAGUUACUGGAGCAAGCGCUAGUGAUUGAGGAGCAGUUGCGAAGAGCGGCGUAUUUGAAUCUGACUCAGGAUCCAAAUCAUCCGGCCAUGUCGUUGAAUGCGAGAUUCGCCGAAGUUGAGUGCUUGGCCGAGUCGCAUCAACACUUGAGCAAGGAGAGUUUGGCUGGGAAUAAGCCGGCUAAUGCCGUUUUGCAUAAAGUGUUGAAUCAACUGGAGGAGUUGUUGAGUGAUAUGAAGUCGGAUGUGUCGAGGUUGCCGGCCACUUUGGCGAGGAUUCCGCCGGUGGCGCAGAGGUUGCAGAUGUCCGAGAGGAGCAUUCUGUCGAGGUUGGCGGCCACGUCCUCGAGUAAUAGCCAGACAACAGCACAAGUGAUGAGUCAGUUCCCGCCCGGUUUCAACGCGGGCAGUCUGCCUGGCUUUGCGGCCGCGGCGGCCAACUUUGCCAACUUUAGACCCCAAUAUUCAGUGCCCGGGCAACCACCAACGGGUUUCCCAUCGUAAAAGCGAUGAAACUGUUUUCAGUGUAUUAUUUUGCUCAGAAGAAGCUCCAAAAUGUCUGGCUGUUGGUGUUUUUGAUUAGUGAAUUACUUAGCGUCAAAAUUGCAUUUAUUAUUUAUUUUUUUGAACAGUCUGUGUCCCCAUUGAUUUUAUUCUUUUAGCAUAUGGAGUAAACGAUUCUACAAAAAGUAUUUUAACUUCCGAAAUAUUUAUUUUAUUGUUAAAACGAAUUGUUUAGGUUAUGUGCUUCUUAAGCUGCGGAUGAGGACGCAGGGUGACCUGUUUUGUGUAUCUUCUGUAGUUUUUAGCAAUAGUAUAUACAAAUGUCCACUUUUUGUGAAGUGGGGUAGGAUUUUUUAACUGGUAUGUUUAUUCUCCAGCAUUCCUUAAAUAAGCAAAAUAGUAAACACAUUUAAAGUGGUGGUUUUAUUUAUCCAAAAAACAAAAUAAAAUAUAAAAAAUACAAAAUAAAAACGUCAUAAGGUGCAAAUUAAGUACAUAUUCUGUUAGGUAAAUAAGGCACAUUGUGCUUAAAAAACGCUAUAAAAUUGUAAACUUAUAUAAAAUCUCGUCAAGCCGAAGCUGGGGGCGGUGGAGACGACGGAGUGGGGUUAGCACUCCCGUUCUCCUGAGACACCCUCCUCUGCAUGGCAAGCCUCCUCUGGACCCUAGCCGAACGUUCGACUUUCAAAGUUCGGAAAAACGUGUAAAAGAGAAACACGCCCAGAGCUUGAAAAACGCAACAGGAGAAACCCAUGAUGGCGGCAUCAAUCAAUAAAAUCUUCGCGUAGCUGGCCAGCGGUUUCUGACACCCCAUUUGGUAUAUUUCCGUACAGGUGGAAUUUUGCAGCCCGCUGUUGCAGCAAGAGAGCGGCAAAACGUUCUUUUUCUCGUACGCUUUAGCCCCAUCGAAUCCGCAGCACUUUAACUGAAAAAAAAAAAGUGUGACAGCGGUGGGAUUCGAACCCACGCCCUUUCGGACUGGUGCCUAAAACCAGCGCCUUAGACCGCUCGGCCACGCUGCCGGUGACCAAACAAUCCGAAAAGCCGGGUUUAAAAUUACCUCCGACUCCAUUCGGGCCCAAUCUUUCUUAUCGUAAUCGUUGUUGAGUAAAUCGUUGAAGGAUUUCUGCAUCAAAUGUAGCGAUUCGAUGUCGACUUCAUCCCAGAGGAUUAUCGACCAGACUCCCACUGCACAUUCCGCAACCAGUAAAAUUACAGUAAUGACCAUAAACUGGAAUUUUCGGGUUUAUUUAUAAUGCGAGGGUUGUGUUAGAUUAGUUACCAAAAUAAUGUGGACGUCAUGCUCGCGAGACGGCCCUUUAACUCCCAACCAGGUGAGGAAAAGGUGAACAAACCCGAGCAAAAAAUAGAUAAUGAAAGGGCCAAUCGCACUCGAAGGGAUGAAUUUAAAAUGAUGUAUCACUUUAUAGAGAAGAACAACAGAAAACCCUAUUAAUAACACACCUGAAAU